AUGCAUGUUUUUUUGAAGAAGGAACAGAAUCGGGACCCCCGAGCUGCGGAGUCCCAGAUGGCCGAUUUCCGGCUGGCAGCUCCCCCUGCAGCCUCAAAUGUGGUCCUUUGUAAAGCCGUCAGCGUCCGGAGACGACUGGGGGUCUCUGCCACUCAUUCAUUCCCAGGGGAACUUCAGGGUCCUGGGACUAGGAGUGACUCCCCCAACCCCGCCCAGCUGCCUCUGAAAGGACCAGGGGUGCUGCUCCUGGGUCUCUGUUCACGCGUCGCUGCCCGUGCAAGAUUCAGGUCUGCUGGGUGCCCUUUGGAAUAUUCUGUCUGUCUGCAGACAGACUGUGGCACCCCCGACCGCCCUCAUACCUGCCCCGGGGCCAGGGCAUCCCUGUGCUUCACCCUUCAGGGUAGGAAAGAGGCAUCUCACACGGAUCCAGGGUGCUUUGGGGUUCCUCGUUCCCGCCCAGACAGGUAUGACUGCGACUUCAGCCUUCUCUUACCAGUGGAGGAGACACAAGGAUCUGCACUGAGGGGACACAAGAACAAGCCGGUCAAGGCUGGUGGCCACUUAAAGGAAGAGCCAUGGCCGUGGCCUCGGAGCCCACAGCGGAGCGGGAAGAGGCGAGGGCCCUUCGCCAUGCAUCUCCCUGCAGCCUCUCAGCGGCCUGUCUCUCACGGGGUCGUGCCCUCCCUGGCACGGGAGAUUCCAGGACAGGCCCUGCGCCGACUGUGCCGGCAAGAUUAGGACUGUGAGCAGCGGCUUGGCCUGUCCAGGCCCCGGGAGAACCUUAUCGCACGGCACACGCCCGGAAUAAAGUCUCACUAGCU